UGAGGAUGGGGGAGAGCCGGGGGGCCGUGUGGAGAGACGUAUGGGAGGAAGAGGAGGAAGACUUCAGGAAGUGUCGAGUCGCUGUUGUUGCAUCACGAUUUCACAACCACAGAAACCUGCAGCUGUGCUUCAUCAACAACAGCGACAGCGAAGACGACGACGAAGGAGCCAAGAAAAAGGUUUCCAUGGGAACAGGGCGCAACGGUUGCCAUGCCUCCGGGCUGAAACAGGAAGUGGCCAGCGCUCUGAGAACGCUGAGAGACAAACUGAUGGCUGAACAGAAGGAGGAGGAGCAUCUGGCCAGCAGCAGCGGUGUUGCCAAAAGGAAACAUCUGGAGCGUUGGGAGCUGCAGGAGCGUUCGGUGCAGCAGCUCAGCAGUCUGAGAGCGUCGCUUCAACAGGAAGUACACGCUCUGAGCUCUGAGCUGGUGGCUCACCUGUUGGUACGAGACCAACUGAGGACGAAGCAGGACGCCAUGCUGCUGGAUGUUCAGGACCUGACCUAACAACAGGACCACAGACUGACCUAACACCAGGACCACAGACUGGCCUAACACCAGGACCACAGACUGGCCUAACACCAGGACCACACAUUGGCCUAACACCAGGACCACAGACUGGACCAUCCAGACCAACUCAGCCGAGCCAUCGAGUUUCCUCCAACUCAGUGUGGACUUUUGGCCGCUCUGGGACCGACCACGUUAGCCCAGGAGUUGUUUACUAAAGCUAAUCAUUAGCCGACCAGCUAAUUUCUGAAAACUGGCAAACCACCAGUGUCAACAAGAGGGAGAUGCAUCUGGAUGCUCAGGGUAAAAGGAAAUCUAAUCAAAUCUGUGAGACGAUGAGGAUGAGACGUCCAAAGUAAGGUUUGUGUAGAGUUGGUAUAUGACAGAAGGUUGAUUUGAAACAACAAAAGGAAGUUAGCAUGAAAUGACAGAAAGUCACUGUGAAUGUUUCAAAUCUACAAAGGAACAAAGAUGCGUCGACUUCUCCGAUCAGCUGCUGGCUAGUGAGAGCAGCGUUGAACCAGCCGGAGCUACAAGGCCUUUUAAACUAGAGAAACAAAGACACAU